AUGCGUAGACGAGGCUUUGCGAGCAACGCUUCAUCAAACACUUCACUGGCUCUUGGGGACUGGCUACGCGUCUCGGAUGAAGUUGCCGACGCCGUGGCCGAGAACAAGCCAGUGGUGGCUCUGGAAUCUACCAUUUACACACAUGGCGCACUGUCAAAAGACCUUCCGCUGGAACAUGAAGACCUUGUUCGGAGCCUUGGUGGCAUACCGGCAAUCGUUGCCAUUGUAGAUGGGGUGCCGACAGUAGGUGUGUCAGGCAAGGAGAUGAUUCGCGUGGUUGAGAGUGGAAACGCCGCUAAAGUUUCCCGUCGAGAUAUUUCAUAUCUCGUUGGCAUGGGUAUUGCUGGCCGCAGAAUGCAUGGCGGGACUACCAUAUCGGGAACGAUGUUACUCGCAAGACUAGCUGGUAUCAGGGUUUUUGGUACUGGCGGUCUUGGUGGUGUUCAUAGGGGAGGUGAAAAUUCAAUGGAUAUAUCUGCAGACCUCACCGAGUUGGGACGUACACGCGUGGCUGUUAUCAGCAGCGGCUGCAAGGGAUUCUUGGAUAUCCCCCGAACCUUGGAAUAUCUAGAGACUCAGGGCUGUGUUGUUUCAACAUUUGCCGAUGGUCGACACGGCAAAAUUGAUUUCCCCGCUUUCUGGGCCAGGGACAGUGGCGUCAAAAGUCCGUUGGUUGUCGACACGGAGAAGGAGGCAGCGUCAAUGAUAUUGGCACAAGAACGACUCGGAAUCGAGUCAGGCCUUCUAUUUGCCAAUCCAAUUCCUGAGAAAUUUGCCGUGCCUUCGGACGAAAUGCAUGCAGCAAUCGAGCAAGCACUGACGGAAGCCAAUGAGAAAGGCUUUACAGGAAAUACCAAUACGCCGUAUAUCCUGCAAAGACUCCGGGAAUUGUGUGGUGGCAAGGUUGUCUCGGCAAACAAGAAUUUGGCAACUGCAAAUAUUACGCGAGCUACUAACAUCGCCGUCGAGUUGUCGCGUUUGCUCGCGAACGAGCCUCGGCCGGCGACAAGUUCCGAAAAGACAGUAAUGCCUCCACCGCGCCGAGUCUUUCAUAUAACGCAGGAUUCUGCCAAAAGCAAGGCUGAUGUUCUCGUUGCUGGCGGCGUGGCUAUUGACCUAAGCUGUGAUUACACCGGCUCCAAAUCCGGCCAUGCCUCACCACAAGCGCAUACCUCUAAUCCCGCCUCAAUCACUCAGUCAAUUGGCGGUGUUGGCCAUAAUGUGGCUUUGGCUGCUCGUCUGGCGAGUACCAGGACGAAAGUAAGCCUCUGCAGCAUGGUCGCCGAUGAUAUCGCGGGCGCAACAGUGAUUUCUUCAUUACAGCAGUCCGGACUGGACACGACACAUGUCAAGAGGCUUCAAAGCGCCGAGCACACAGGUAGCCGGACGGCCCAGUAUAUCGCCGUCAACGAUGCGAACCGGAACCUUGUCGUGGCCAUGGCCGAUAUGGGCAUAUUCACUCAAUACGCUUUCCCCGAGGAAUGGCGGUCAACAGUGAAGGCAGCUUCACCAAAGUGGCUCGUAGUUGAUGGCAACUGGGGUGCCAGCAGCGUCAGAGAAUGGGUCCGCAUAGGCAAAGAACACAGGGCCAAAGUCGCAUUUGAGCCCGUAUCCGUUGCCAAAUCAAAGGGCUUGUUCACGAGCCAGCGAGGCAUUCCCAAACUCGGCAUUUUCCCCCACGCCAGUGUCGAUAUGGCAUCUCCUAACACGUAUGAGCUGGCAGGCAUGUACGAAGCCGCAAAGGAGAAUGGACACCUCGACUCCCAAGAUUGGUUCAAAGUCAUUGACGCGUUUGGAAUGACGGGAGCAAGAGACCGAUUCGUAAGGCUCACGUCCGCGGAGCUGACGGACGCAGGAGUCCCUGUGCAAUGUGUUAAUCUGCUACCUUAUGUCCCCACUUUACUUACAAAACUCGGACCAAAUGGCGUUCUGUUAACAGCUAUCCUCGGCCGUGACGACCCGCGUCUUCGAGAUAGAGAUGCAGAAGAGUACAUACUGGCGAGGGCCUCACCGAACCACCCCACUGUGGGUGGAAUUUACAUGCGGCUUUUUCCACCCGUGGAAAAAGUUGAGAAGAUUGUGUCAGUUAAUGGCGUUGGAGAUACAUUUUUAGGCGUUCUUAUUUCUGGGUUGGCGCUGGGCGGCAGUGUGGAGAGGUUGAUUGAUGUGGCUCAGAAGGGAGCGGUGUUGACAUUGAAGAGUCAUCGGUCUGUUAGCCCAAAGUUGAUGACAUUGGAGGAUGGACUUGUCAAGGCCAUGUCUUGA